GCACAUACACACAUGGACUUGUUACCUUGAGGCUCAAUGGGGCCAUCAGCUGGCACUGAGGCUGGGAGGCAGCCCCUAUUCUGGCCACUGGCUUUGCCUUUCUGAGAAUUGAAUGAGUUUCAUAUCAAGGUGUUGUGGGGCCGGCCAGCCAUUCGCCCAAACCAGCACCAAUUGAUCUACCAACUGUUUUCUGCCAAAGUGGCUUUCCUGAGUGUGCACCAUGCUGAUAACUGUGUACUGUGUGCGUAGGGACCUCACAGAGGUAACCUUUUCCCUCCAGGUCAGCCCUGACUUUGAGCUCUGCAACUUCAGAGUCCUCUGUGAACUUGAGUCUGGUGUGCCUGCUGAGGAGAUUCAGUUCAUCUACAUGGAACAGCUCCUUACAGAUGAUCACUGCUCCCUGGGCACCUAUGGCUUCAAAGAUGGUGAUAUGGUUGUACUACUUCAGAAGGAAAAUGUGGGACUUCGGGCUCCAGGAAGGACCCCAAACCAGCCACGAGCAGAUUUCAAUGGGUCAGCCAUACCGGGAACAUCAAGUUCCCGACACCAACAUCAGCAUCAGCAUCAGCAUCAGCAUCAUCAGCAUCAUCAGCAUCAUCACCAUCAUCACCAUCAGCAACGUAUACCAUCAGCACAAGCCCACGGAUUGGCCUCUGGAGAGAAUAUGGCCUAUGCGCAGAACCUGGACAGCCCUGCUCUGAUUCGCAGCAUGUUGCUUUCCAACCCCCAUGACUUGUCCCUGUUGAAGGAACGGAACCCCGCCUUGGCGGAAGCUCUGCUUAGUGGAAACCUUGAGACAUUUUCUCAGGUCCUGAUGGAGCAGCAGAGGGAAAGGGCCUUGAGAGAACAAGAGAUGUUUCGUCUUUAUUCUGCUGACCCAUUUGAUCAGGAAGCUCAGGCUAGAAUAGAAGAAGAAAUCAGACAGCAGAAUAUUGAGGAAAAUAUGAACAUAGCUAUGGAAGAGGCUCCGGAGAGUUUUGGACAAGUGGCUAUGCUCUAUAUUAACUGCAAAGUGAAUGGGCAUCCUUUAAAGGCGUUUGUCGACUCAGGUGCCCAGAUGACUAUCAUGAGCCAAGCUUGUGCUGAGAGAUGUCACAUCAUGAGACUGGUGGACCGGCGAUGGGCUGGGGUUGCUAAGGGAGUGGGCACACAGAGGAUUGUAGGCCGAGUUCAUCUGGCCCAGAUUCAGAUUGAAGGUGAUUUCUUACAGUGCUCUUUCUCCAUACUGGAGGAGCAGCCCAUGGAUAUCCUUCUAGGGCUUGAUAUGCUCAGGAGGCAUCAGUGUUCCAUUGACCUGAAGAAAGAUGUGCUGGUGAUUGGCACCACCGGCACACAGACACACUUCCUUCCUGAAGGAGAGUUGCCCUUGUGUGCUAGGCUGGUGAGUGCAACGGUGCAAGAGGAAUCACCAGACAAGGAAGUCGCAGGCAAUAUCAAACACCCAGUCAAGGGUCCAGCUCGAAAAAAGCACUGAAGCAGGUUAUAUAAAAGCCCUGCACAAGGGAGCAAGCUGUAGGUCCCAGGAAAGUAUUAAGACAUGAACUCACUGGCAAUGUCAUCAUUAAAAAGAUCUUAGCAACCA